UAAAAGUAAGUUUAGUCGGUACGAUUUCAUACUAGAUGAUAUUAUUAUUUAUCUAAUGUAAAAUUCAUAAAAAUUAUUAGAAACAUGUCGGGAUUAGUUUCAAGCCAGUUUCGUUUACUGUCAAAUUACAAUUUACUUUCAUCGGGGACUUUGAUAGCUGCUAUUGUCAUUUUGAUACUGACAUAUUGGGGGAAUAAUAUUAAAAAUUUUUUAGUUUCUUAUUCUAAAUUAAUAAAAGCGGCUCAAGCAUUUCCGGGCCCUCCAGCGCUCCCAUUAAUCGGAAAUGGAUUGUUGUUCACAGGACACGGAGAUGAGUUUUUGAACACAUUCUUCCGGCUCCAAAAACAAAAUCAUGAUACCUAUAGACUAUGGCUUGGACCUGAAUUGAUUAUUGUCAUAACAAAUCCAAAAGAUUAUGAGAUUGCGUUGGGUAGUUCAAAAGUAAUUGAAAAAGCAUUUUUUUAUGAUUUGAUGGAACCUGCAAUUAUAGACGGUAUCAUCAAUGGAAAAGGUCCAAAAAUGCGUGCAAGACGUAAAAUGAUAAUUCCCAUUGUAAAUGGCAAACAGUUAUCAGAGUAUAUCCUUAGCUUUAAUUUUCACUCUCGUCGUUCCGUGGAACUUCUCACAAAAAAAUCAGGCAUCGGUGAAUUCGACGUGUUCCAUGACAUGGAACUUUGUGUUUUGGACGUAAUUUAUGAGACAUUGUUCGGGAUGGAAGGAACUGCUCAAACUAAUGGUGAUGCAUUCCUCGCUAGACUUAUUGAGGACGGACUAAAUUGUUUUUGGGAAAGAGUACUCAAAGUCUGGUUGUACCCUGAAUUUAUUUUUCAUCUUACCAAAACAGGUAAAAUAUGGAUCAAUAGCAUUGAGACAGGUAGUCGAAUUGUAAAUAAGAUAAUAACAGACAAAAUAAAAAUAUAUGAAGCAAUAGAAAGAGGUGAAAAAAAUGUUGAAGGAUGUAAGCCAUCAAUACUGGAUUCAGUUGUCGAGAAUGCUGUUAAAACAAAGUCGAUGACUGUUGAUGAAAUUCGUUAUGAUUUAGUUUCUCUCUUUCUUGGUUCUCAAGACACGAUUCAUGGUUUAAUAUCAUUUGCACUAGUAAUGAUAGCGAUGCAUCCCGAUGUACAGGAUAAAGUACGUGAAGAAAUAUUGGAUGUUGUCGGAGAAAAUAGUGAUGUUUGUGACGAACACGUUAGUAAAUUGACAUACAUUGACAUGGUUAUCAAAGAAACCAUAAGACUAUUUUCGGUGGGACCUAUAAAUGCUAGAAGAGUCACUGAAGAUAUGGAAAUCGAAAAUUAUACGGUCCCGAAAGGCAGCACUCUGCUUAUCUUUAUCAUUGGAACUCAUAGAUCUGAAAAGUACUGGACGCAGCCUGAAAAGUUCAUUCCAGAAAGAUUUCUGCCGGAAAACUCAAAAGACCGGCAUCCUUAUGCUUUCGUACCUUUCAGUGGAGGUCUUCGUGGAUGCCCUGGUUACAAAUUCGGUGUUGUUGCUCUAAAAGUAAUGAUCGUUCACUUCAUUCGUAAUUACCAAUUUAGUACGACAAUGAAACUUGAAAAAAUGAAAUUGAAAGCACAUAUAGCUACUCGGUCAGUAGACGGCUACAAAUUGUCCAUUAAAAAAAUUACUCCUUAAUAUAAUAAAGUAUAUUUCAAAAAUUUUUUAAUAUAUACAUUAAUUUGAUUCAGAACUUGAAAAUUCUGUGAUUAUGUAUCCCAUGAUAAAAGACGAUAGUUCAAAAAUUAUUUUCUAUGAAUAUUUAGUCACGACACUCUUGUUAAUAUUUUUGUCACAUCAAAUAAAUAAUUACUUUUUAAAAAA